UACAAUGUAAUGUUAGUCGCUACUGGGUCUUUAACUUUUACCAAAUGCUAUAUAAGGUCGGAACAAUAACUGCUUGGCACACAACAAUGUUUGCUACUCUGCUGAUUCUCAUCUUGGCGUCGACUGACAUUUUGGCCACAGACUAUAUACUACUGGUCGAGGACUCAGACAUCUACACGCCGUGCACGGAUGGUCCUCCUGGAUCUGUUAGUCUCAAUGAAGCCUUCGACGUAAGCGAAAUGCCGGUUGAAAUGGAUGAAGAGGGGAUUCAUGUGUCCGGAAAUAUUACAACUAGAUGGAGUUUGCCGCGCAACUAUCGAAUUUCUGCUAAGAUGAGUGUGCUCCACUUUAACCGCGGCAACUGGGAGCCGACCGUAUUUAACUCUCUAACGCCGGACUUCUGCGACGCGAUGUUUAAUCCGAAUCUGUUUUGGUACAAAUACUGGUUCAAAAAUUUUGAAAACCGCGAUGAGAUCCAAGAGAAGUGUCUCGCUACACAGGGUACCGUGUUGGUGUACAAUCCCUUCGUUGUGGUUCCCCGACUAAAUAACGUUAUGGGACCCACCCUCAAAGGACGCUACAAAGUGGUUUUCCUGUUCGAAGCAUUCAACGAACAGGACGAACGGCAGCCUUCAUCCGUGUGCUUCGAGAUCACGGGCGACGCUGAAAAAAUAAAGAAUUGAUAGUUUCGAAUCAGUCGUAACUAUUUUUGGUCUUAUUUGUCAUAAUU